GAGUCAGCUGUGUGAGUGCUUUAUAUAUUUUUUUUUUCUGUUAUUGAGUGCAGAGCGGCUCUCGAAAGCAGUCUAUCCAAGAUGCAGUCAUUAACGUUUACAACAACUUUAGUUUUUCUUUGCCUUUUUUCAACGGGGUUUUCUCAGUCCAAUGAUGGAACCCAUUCUAACUAUUUAGCAACCGAACAUGGCAAACGAUCCCUCGCAAAGUUGGCAAAGUCUGUACAAGUUGUGGACGAUUUUGCGUGUGUUCGGGAGUGUACUCGCGUCGAGGGAGUGUGCACAUCCGUAAAUUUCUACAAAGACAAGGACUCUGAUGGCAAGCAUCUUUGCGAGUUACUCACGGACGACAAGAAACAAUGCAAAGGUGACCUGGUAAAAGAUGGAGAAGUCGACUUUAUCAGAGUCAAGCAACAACCGCCCUUGCUUCCGUCUUGUGCCGAGAUCCAAUCAGAACACCUUGCUCACACCAGCGGCAUAUUCCCCAUCGCCCUCACCCCCUGUCAUCCCCUCGACGUCUACUGCGACCUGGGCACUAGCGGAGGAGGCUGGACUGUCAUCCAGAGGCGCGUGGACGGCUCGGUGGAUUUCUACCGAGACUGGGACGACUACAAGCGGGGGUUUGGUAACAAGGAGGGAGAGUUCUGGCUGGGGCUGGAUAAUAUCCACGCUUUGACGUCACAGAGGCGGUACCGUGUGCGCUUUGACUUGGAGGACUUCGAGGGGAACACCCGCUACGCCGAGUACGACGACUUUAGAGUUGGUGAUGAGGCGGCGAAGUACGAGCUUGUUUCAGUUGGUACAUACUCAGGUACAGCUGGUGAUAGUCUCUCAAGUCACAAAGGUUUAUAUUUCUCUACGCGAGAUCGCGACAACGACGAGAACAAUAAUUUAUCUUGCGCAGUAAAUUUUGAAGGUGCAUGGUGGUACGGAGGAUGCUUUGAAAGCCAUCUGAACGGCCGUUACCACGUGAGCUCAUCUAACGCGUUGUAUCAUGGGAUAAUCUGGAGACACUGGCAUGAAUAUGAAUACUCACUCAAGAAAUCAGAAAUCAAAGUGCGACCUUAUUAGGAGCCGACCAUUUGAUAUAUGACGGGCAGGUAACAGAUUUUUCUUGUUUUUUCUUUCUUAUUUUUUUGUAACUCGUAGUUUUUUUUCCUAUGAAGCAUCUCCAUCUAAUUUUGGAAAACUAAAAUUGCCUGAUACUCAGGCUAUCUGUUCCGAGGUUGGUCGCUUAAUAUUUUAUUUUUAAAAUGUCCUUAGCCGAUUUUUUUCUAGAGAUCAUGGCCUGCUUAUCAUUAUUUAUUCUUUUUAUUUCUUUUAGGGUGAGGUAUCUCGUUACUGAACCGUCGAUACCAUAUGGUCUGUCCCUUAAAACCCACUAAUCCGGCAUGCUUGGUAAUUGUUUUCUGUUUUAAAAACCAAAAUUUUUCAAAAAUAAACCUCUACAUUAAAUGGAAUUUUUUUAAAGUAAAUCACAAAAAUUAAUUUUCUUAUGUUCAAUGGCGUUCUUUGAUAGAAGAAAAAUAGAGGUGAUAUUAAAGUUUGAUUUUUUUACA